GUUUGAUUAUAUGUUCAGGUCCUAGAUUUCGGCUAACUUCAGUUAUAUAAGUCAUACACCAGUGAGCUUUCACUUAGUAGGCUCUCCACAGGGAAAGCCGAAACCCGGGACUCCAAGAUGGCUCUCCUCCGGAGCUUCUCUGGUAUGUUUUCAUGGAUGUGUGAUGGAGAGGAAUUCAAUCUGGGCUCUUCCUGCAGUCAGAGAAGCAUACUGGAAGCGGUAAAUCUGCUGUUCAUCUCGGCUUUCUUCGUCUCACUUCUCAGGACUGCCAUCAAGAAACAGUCCAGGAUCGAUGAGAUUAACUACAAGAGGGAUUGGGUAUCCGUUCUAGUCUCCAUCUUGUGUGCUCUCAUCAGCCUGCCAAUCUUCGGUCUCUCCCUGUGGACUCUGAUAUCGGAAAAGACUGACCGCACAGGUCUCUCCAGCUGGUUGCUCUGCUUUCUCAAAGGGCUCUCAUGGGCUUCCCUGAGCCUUUCCUUGGUUGUCGUCCGAAGAACCAAAUGGAUGAAAGCUCUUUGUACUGUUUGGUGGUUUUCAUUCUCUUUUCUCAUCACUGCUCUGAACAUCGAGACAUUAUUGAACAGCCAAAGUUUUGGAAUUCUCGACUCUAUCUCUUGGCCCGUGUGCUUUCUUCUUCUUGUUUGUGCUUUCCGGAAUUAUACAAUUCCCAUCCAUCAACCUGCCCUCGACCCAAAACUCUCCGAACCUUUGCUGGUCUCUGAACCCGAAGGGAGAAAAUCAGAAUUGGGUUAUGCUAGUUUUCUCAGCAAGCUGGUGUUCUGUUGGGUUAACCCUUUUCUAAAGUCCGGUUACUUGAAACCGCUCGAGUUCGAGGAUAUCCCUAAUCUUGUCUCUGAAGAUGAAGCCAAUCUUACAUACCAGAACUUUGCUCGAACUUGGAAUUCACUUACGAAAGAAGGAAGUUCAACAUCAGAAACCAAUAUGGGCAACUUGGUCAUCAAGGCCAUAAUAAGAGUUCACUUGAAAGAGAACAUCCUCAUAGGUUUCUAUGCAUUUCUCCGAACAAUCUCCCUUGCAGUUUCUCCUCUAAUUCUAUAUGCGUUCAUUAAUUAUUCAAGUCAGGAUGAGGAAGAGAAUAAUCUCUCUCAGGGAUUUAUCAUAGUUGGGUGUUUGAUUGUUUCGAAGUUAGUAGAGUCCUUGUCUCAGAGGCACUGGUUCUUUGGAUCCAGAAGGUCUGGGAUGAGGAUGAGGUCAGCCCUAAUGGCUGCUCUCUACGAGAAGCAGCUGAAGCUCUCAAGCUUGGGAAGGAGGAGGCACUCCACUGGAGAGAUUGUAAAUUACAUUGCUGUGGACGCGUAUCGGAUGGGAGAGUUCCCCUGGUGGUUCCAUUCAAUAUGGAGCUUCACCUUCCAACUUUUCUUAUCGAUUGGAAUACUCUUCCUAGUCAUCGGGAUUGGAGCCCUACCAGGUCUGGUCCCACUCUUCAUCUUUGGGCUACUGAAUGUUCCGUUUGCGAAGGUUCUGCAGAACUGCCAGACAAAGUUCAUGAAUGCGCAAGAUGAGAGACUCAGAGCCACUUCAGAGAUACUCAACAACGUGAAGAUCAUAAAGCUCCAAUCUUGGGAGGAGAAGUUCAAGAAGUCAAUCGACUCGAGAAGGGAUGAGGAGUUCAAGUGGUUAACAGAAUCACAGCUCAAAAGAGCCUAUGGGACUGCGCUCUAUUGGAUGUCCCCAACGGUGAUAUCCUCGGUUAUCUUCCUUGGAUGUGUCCUCCUAGGAAGCGCCCCAUUGGAUGCUGGGACGAUUUUCACGGUCCUAGCUACUCUACGGGUCAUUGCAGAGCCUGUAAGGAUGAUCCCUGAGGCCCUAUCAGCUUUAAUCCAAGUCAAAGUCUCAUUUGAUCGGAUUAACACGUUUUUGUUGGACGAUGAGCUGAAGGGUGACAGGAUGAAGAAUAAUAUGUCUUCAAGUUCUGACACGAGUGUGGAGAUAACAUCAGGAAAUUUCACUUGGAACACAGAAUCGGCAUGUUCUACAAUCCGGAACAUUGAUUUUGAAGUCAAAGUUGGGCAGAAGAUCGCAGUUUGUGGGCCUGUUGGGGCUGGGAAGUCAUCCCUCUUGUACGCUAUACUAGGAGAGAUCGUCAAAACUUCCGGAACUGUGAGUGUAAAAGGACCUAUUGCAUAUGUCUCGCAAGCUGCCUGGAUACAGAGCGGUACAGUUCGUGACAACAUACUCUUUGGGAAGCCGAUGGAUGAGGAGAGAUACGAGAAAGCUAUAAAAUCGUGCGCAUUGGAUAAGGAUAUUAGCAUCUUUGAUCACGGAGACCUCACAGAGAUUGGGCAGAGAGGGAUCAACAUGAGUGGAGGACAGAAACAGAGGAUCCAACUCGCACGAGCAGUCUACAAUGAUGCAGAUAUCUAUCUUCUAGACGAUCCUUUUAGCGCAGUGGAUGCUCACACAGCUGCUGCAUUGUUCAAGGACUGUGUCAUGUCUGCACUAGCAGAGAAGACUGUCAUUCUGGUGACUCAUCAAGUGGAAUUCCUUUCUGAAGUCGAUCGGAUUAUGGUCAUGGAAGGAGGGGAGAUCACACAUUCCGGGAGCUACCAGGAGUUAUUCACUGCAGGAACCACAUUCGAACAGCUCGUGAACGCUCAUAAAGAAGCAAUAACAACAUUAGAACCUGCAAAUAACUCAGAAAUGAAAGAGAAGCUUUAUCAUCAGCCACCUCCUAAAGUGACUAAGAACGAGGGUGGGGACGAGAUUUCUGACAAGGGCCUGCAGGGGGUGGGACCACAGUUGACGGAGGAAGAAGAGACGGAGAUUGGAGAUGUUGGGUUGAAGCCAUUCUUUGACUACUUCCAAGUCUCGAGGGCGGCAGUCCUUUUACUACUGGCGACAGCUGCUCAAUUUGCAUUUGUCGUGUUUCAGGCUGCGGCUACUUACUGGCUUGCCGUGGCGAUUCAAUUUCCCGAUAUGAAGAGUAAUAUUAUAAUUGGGGUGUAUACCGGGAUUUCAACUCUCAGCGCGGUCUUUGUGUAUCUGAGGUCAUUCAUUGCAGCCCAUAUGGGAUUGAGGGCCUCAAAGGCCUUCUUCUCGGGCUUCAAUAACGCAAUCUUCAGGGCCCCGAUGCUCUUCUUUGACUCCACUCCAGUAGGGAGAAUCCUGACCCGGGCUUCCUCCGACUUGAGCGUUUUGGACUUUGACAUACCCUUCACUAUCAUCUUCAUCAUAUCUUCCGGUCUGGAGCUUAUUGGUACAAUCGCGAUCAUGGCAUUGGUCACGUGGCAAGUCCUGAUCGUCGCAAUCCUGGCUGGCAUAGCAUCAAAGUACGUUCAGGAUUAUUACUUGGCCUCAGCCAGGGAACUGAUGAGGAUCAAUGGGACAACAAAGGCCCCUGUGAUGAGUUACACGGCUGAGACAUCCCUAGGGGCAGUAACUGUCCGAGCUUUCAACAUGGUAGACCGAUUUUUUGGCAAUUUUCUGAACCUGAUAGAUAAGGAUGCAAAGCUCUUUUUCCACUCAAAUGCCGUGAUGGAGUGGCUGAUUCUGAGGAUUGAAGCUCUUCAGUAUGUGACACUAUGCACAGCAGCAGUCUUCCUGGUUUUGCUUCCUAAAGGAAAUGUAACCACAGGGCUCGUGGGACUCUCUCUUUCCUAUGCACUCUCGUUGACAAAUACGCAAGUCUUUUGGACCCGGUGGUAUUGCUACUUAUCAAACUACAUAGUUUCUGUUGAGCGGAUCAAACAGUUCAUGCACAUUCCAUCUGAGCCCGAAGCAAUUGUGGAGGAUCACAGACCUUCUUUGUGGCCUUCAAAGGGUAGGAUUGAGCUUGAAGACCUGAAGCUCCGUUAUCGUCCAAACGCGCCUUUGGUUCUGAAGGGAAUCUCGUGCAUAUUCAAGGAAGGGAGUCGAGUGGGAGUUGUAGGUAGGACAGGAAGUGGGAAGACAACCCUGAUAAGCGCUUUGUUCCGAUUAGUGGAUCCUGCGAGUGGGCGAAUAUGUGUUGACGGGAUCGAUAUUACUUCGAUUGGAUUGAAGGACUUGAGAAUGAAAUUGAGUAUAAUCCCUCAGGAGCCGACUCUCUUCAGGGGGAGUGUUAGGACUAACAUGGAUCCUCUAGGACUCUCCUCCGACCAUGAGAUCUGGGAGGCUUUAGAAAAGUGUCAGCUGAAAGCAACAAUCAGCACCCUUCCCAAUCAGCUGGAUGCUUCUGUGAGCGACGAGGGGGAGAACUGGAGCGUGGGGCAAAGGCAGCUGUUCUGCCUUGGGAGAGUGCUCUUGAGAAAGAACAGAAUCCUAGUCCUGGAUGAAGCAACCGCCUCAAUUGAUUCCGCCACUGAUGCAGUCCUUCAAAGAGUAAUCCGCCAGGACUUCUUGGAGUGCACGGUUAUCACGGUUGCUCAUAGGGUCCCGACUGUCAUAGACAGCGACAUGGUCAUGGUCCUCUCUUUCGGAAGAAUGGUGGAAUAUGAUGAACCUUGGAAGCUUAUGGAAAGCAAUUCCUACUUCUCCAAGCUUGUGGAGGAAUACUGGUCAAGUUGCCGAAAGAAUUUUCCACCAAAAGCAUAGUCAAAUAGCACUACAAAUCAGUCUGAUGGAAAAGAAGAAAAAUAAAUUGCACGCGUGGUCCUCAUAUAUUAGGCAUUGCAAUAAAUUAUUACCUCAAUGUCAUAAUAUAACAUUUAUGAUAAAUGCAUGUGAUUGUACGGAACAGCCGUCAGAUAUGCGAGUAAUUAGUAUGUCAGGUCGUGCCAAUUUAUGUGCAACAACUCAUUUUUACGAUUCACGGGAGCUGUCCAGCUAUACACGAGAGUGUUAAUUCGACAUUCAAAAUUUACCAAA